AUGGAAAAAACGGGAGAAAGAAUUAGAAAGAAUUAUUUCUCGACAGAGAACCAGAGAAUUAGUUCUCAGGAAAAAAAUGCGAGAUUAAUGGAAAGAUUAAAGAGAGCCAAAGCCAACCGAGCUCAACACUUACAACGUUUACGGAAUGUACCUGAAGAAGAAGAAGAACCUUCUCCGUCUUCGUCACCACCUCAUUCACCACCCCAGAAGCCAAAGGCCAUUUCCCAGUAUUAUCAAAAAGAUUUUAAACUGGGAGACGGGUCUAUGGAAUUCGACAUGUUUCAUGUCAAAUAUCCAGAAGGCAGUGGUGGACAGAAUACCAAACACCUGAUGGUCAAUAAGGAGAGUUUUAAAAAGAAUAAACGAUGCAUCGUUCAGAUCGACAAUCCUUGGGAUAAAUUUUGUUUAGCUCGAGCCAUUGUAGUCACCCGGUUACACAGUCAAAAACCGGAAAAUCCAGAGAGUUUAGUUGAAUGGGAAAAACGAUGGCUACGUAUGCGGAAGGGUGAUGUAAGAGCUAAUGACCAGAAAAACGAAGCUAUAGCUCUCAUGGAACAAGCCGGCUGUGAUAUUCAUCAGCCUUGUGGACCCGAAGAAUGGGGGAAAUUACAACAGGUGUUAGCCCCUCUCUAUCGACUGAAAAUAUAUCAGUUUAAGUCCAACUCCUCUAAACUCAGUUUAGAGCCCAUAUACAAAGGCUGCGGAGAUGGAACUUGUUUAAAUGUUUUGUUAAACGAUCAUCAUUACGAUGCCAUUUUGUCUAUGCCAGCUGUGACCGGCAACCCAUAUUACUGUGAUCAUUGCGAUGUGGGGUACAGGAACAUUACAGGCCAUCGUACCAAGUGUCCUUACCGCUGUUCCUUUUGUUUAACGGACACGCCCUGCCCUCCAGACGGGAGCCACAUUCAAUGUUAUCAAUGCCAGGGAUUUUUUCAGAGCAGAACUUGCUACGAAAACCAUUUAAAACCUCACAGUAAGAAUACGGCCACAACAGUGUGCAGUUUAAUGGGACGAUGCGAGCAUUGUGAGAAAUGGAUGCCUAAAAUGUUACUCCCUCAUCAUCAUUGCGGAGGACAGAAACAAUGUAAGAUCUGUAAGAAAACUGUAGACACGGAUCAUCAGUGCUACGUUCAACUCAAGCCUGAGAAAAAGAAAGGCAAAGAGACAUUACAGUUUUAUAUUUAUUUCGAUUUCGAAUGUACACAGGAAAACGGCAUCCACGUCCCUAAUUUAUGUGUGGCACACCGCGUAUGUCAACAUUGCGGACACUUACCCAUAGAAGAUCACUGUCCUCACUGUCGACACAUGGGACCCCGUCAACACGUGUUUAAAGGGCCAGAUACCUUAAAACACUUCAUGGACUGGUUAUUACAGCCCGACACAGGCAAUAAGAAUUCCGCCUUAUUACACGACGAGGCUAUCAUCAUUGCCCACAAUUUCAAAGGAUAUGAUGGACAGUUCAUUUUAAAUUACCUGGUGCAUUCCGCCUGCAUGACGCCUACAGUCAUCAUGAACGGCAGUAAAAUCUUAUCCAUGCAAAUCUGCGGAUUGAAAUUCAUCGACUCUUAUAAUUUUUUACCUUUUUCUUUAUCUAAAAUGCCCUCUGCUUUCGGAUUCACCGAACUGAAAAAAGGGUAUUUCCCUCACUUUUUUAAUACAGAACAGAACCAGAAUUAUGUGGGGCCUUAUCCACCUGCAGCAUUCUACAAUCCGGACGACAUGUCUAUAAGUGGACGACAGGCUUUUUACCAAUGGUAUGAACAACAAGCCGGAAAAGUGUUUGAUUUCCAGAAGGAAUUUUUAGACUAUUGUAUUUCAGACGUCGAUAUUUUACGACGAUGCUGUGCUCAGUUUCGAGCCACUCUCAAGACCUUAGUCCAUGUAGACCCCUUCCAGGAAUCCAUCACUUUUGCCAGUGCGGCCAAUUUAGCUUACCGUCGAGGAUUCAUGCCCCAAGAUACCAUUGCCAUCAUUCCCAACAUGGGGUAUCAGCCUGCGCGUCAAUAUUCCGCCAAAGCCUGUCGGUGGCUAACCUGGAUGAGUCACCAGAGCGGAUCUCACAUACGACAUGCUAGAAACGGAGGAGAAGUCAAGAUCGGAAGUUAUACCGUAGAUGGAUACCAGGAAGCUACUCGUACCAUCUACGAAUUUCACGGAUGCUAUUGGCACGGAUGCCCUACCUGCUAUCCGAAUCUACAGACCGAAACUCAUCCUCACCGGACACAAUUUACUUACCAGGAAUUACACGAGGAAACUUUAAGGAGGAAUACGGUCUUAGAGGAAAUGGGGUAUUCCGUAUUCCAUCCUUUGAACCCCCGAGAAGCCCUGUACGGAGGCCGCACAAAUGCUUCAAGAUUGUAUUGUGAGGAGGGGGACAUGAGAUACCUGGACGUCUGUUCCUUAUACCCUUACGUCUUAAAACACAGACCUUUUCCCCUAGGCCAUCCUCAGAUCAUAACAGACGACUUCCAGGACGUGAGAACUUAUUUCGGCCUCAUUCACUGUCGGGUCUUACCACCCCGAGGCCUCUAUCACCCCGUUUUACCUUAUCGCACAGGAGGCAAGUUAUUAUUUCUAUUAUGCCGAACCUGUGCGGAACGACAGGACUCUACUUCUAAACAUCGAUGUCAACACACAGACCAGGAACGCAGUCUUACAGGUACUUGGGUGACUACAGAAUUACAUAAAGCCUUAGACAUGGGAUAUACUUUAGAGCGGAUUUACGAGGUUUGGCAUUUUCCAGAAAGCAGUAAAGAUUUAUUCAGAUCUUACAUCGAUACCUUCUUAAAGAUCAAACAGGAAGCGUCUGGAUUCCCACCUGAUUGUCAGACGGAGGAACAAAAACUAGAUUACAUUCGUAAAGUCAUAGACAGAGAAGGCAUUAGAAUGGAUCUGUUAAGUAUAGAAAAAAAUCCGGUGCGAAGAACGAUAGCCAAACUCUUUUUAAAUUGCCUGUGGGGAAAAUUCGCUCAACGCCUGUUAUUACCUAAAACUCGAUACUUGACCGAAGAAGAGGAAUUACAGCAACUCUUAGAAGAUUCGACCAUUGACUUCAAAGGGCUAGAACUCUUAGAAAAUAAAGAGCAGCCCGAAUCGGACAUGAUGCUGGUGAAUUAUCAAGAGAAACAGGAAUUUGUAGAAGAGUGUCCCUUCGGAAACGUGGUACUGGCCUGUUUCACUACCGCUCAUGCCCGAUUACACCUCUACGAGACUUUACAACCUUUAGGAAAUCGGGUCCUUUAUUUCGAUACGGACAGUAUCAUAUACCAACAUUAG